GUUGUCUAGUCAGCAUCACAUUAACCUUCUGACUGUCAAUAGAGAUGACACUAAUAGAGAUAAUAAAGCUCAUUAGAGUUCUUCUGAUUUGCUUUCUGGCUGGCUUCAGCACUGGUAAGACUGACUAUUCAAUUAUUGAUUUCCUUGCAUUGACACUGCAUGUUUCAUAAAGCCCAAUAUUCAGUGAGUGUGGAGAGACCAUGUCCAAUGGAAACAGUCACUUUUACCUGCACUGCUAUUGGAGAUUCCUUGAUAUGGGACCUGCCUGGAAAUCGUAUCACUGUCCUCACCACCUCUGAUCCACUAGUAAUGCAGUCAGGCUACACUGUGACACUGAUUGCAUUUGAUAACGAUACAUUAACUUCUACUCUAUCAAGAACAGCAGAGAAUGGGAUCACUGUGUCAUGCUUGGAGAUUGUGUCUACUCUAACCACUAUAGGAUCUUCAACAAUCCGUUUGGUUGAUCCACCAGGACCACCUUCUGCUGUAAGACAUUUUAUUUUGAGCAGCUCAGCCAAUAAAGUCAGUGUAUCUGUACAGUGGAACCCUACUACUGAGACUGGUGGUAGAGAUGACCCCACUUACACAGUGACCAUCUCACCUCCGGCCCAGCUCUCUGCUACUGUCUUCACAUCCAUCUCUGUCACUGUGACUGCUCAAUACAAUGUGGACUACACUGUCAGUGUUGUGGCUACCAAUUGUGCUGGGAACAGUACAACUGCUGAGUACAACUUUAGGAUUGGUAACUGUCCUGUGUUGACCAACCCUAUUAAUGGAGCCUUUGGACCAGUCUCCAACAGAUUAUCAGGAUCCACAGUAACCAUCCAGUGUGACGCUGGAUAUGUGUCUGCUGUUACGAUGGUGACAUGUGAGGGUACACUAAUGUGGAGUCCAGACCCUGAGGCUAUUGAGUGUACAUUACUAACCACAUCUACUCCCACAACUCCUCCUCCAAUAAACUGCACAGCUUCACUAUCCUCACCAAGGAAUGGCAUUAUCAGUGAUCAUUCAGUACCAGCUAUUCCCGGCACACAAGUUACCCUCCAUUGUGACGAUGAACUGUUCCCUGAGGGAAUAAUGACUGCUACCUGUCUAGCUACAGGAAAGUGGGACGAGGAGAUCGUCUGCAGAGCUGCUCCUUGUAAUUGUGCCAGCCUAUCUGAUGGGAGUCGAUUUGAUUCAGCUGUCUCCAUCAGCGUGGUUGUCACGACAGUUGCGUUCACAAUUAUUGGAUUGUUGAUAGGACUCUUGAUCAUGUAUUUGCUCAUGCGUAAGAAGGCAGUGUACUCCCCGGCAGCUAAAGGACAAGCUAAUUAUAAUGUAGGACCCACUGUACCAGCUGGUCCUGUUUAUGAGGAGGUGUCACCUAAAGAGGAGAUUGAACUGAAUACUAACCAGGCGUAUGGACCAGUAGGACUGUGAAACUUCUGUUAAUGUGCAUGCUCGUGAACAAUUUUAACAACUGUAAACAGCAACAUCUGUUCAUUAAAAGCCAUUACAUCUUUUGUACUAAAAAAGAAGCUAUAUUGAACGAGUGGUGUAAGCUGCGCUGUGCUAAUGCCUCUCGCCAUGUUUAGCUUCGCUCAAAAACUAGAGUGUUAUAU